AUGUCGAGCCCAAAGGAGAGGCGAAUCCUCAAGGAGCUGAACGACAUCAGGAGCGAUCAGGACAACUCUGGCGUCUUCGCCCAGCCGAUUCAGGAGAACAACCUGUUGCACCUGAAGGGCACCUUCCCCGCGCCCCCCGACACCCCCUACGCCGGCGGCCAGUACACAGUCGACAUCAAGAUCCCAGACAGCUACCCAUUCAAGUCACCCAUCAUCAAGUUCGACACCAAGAUCUGGCACCCCAACGUCAGCUCCCAGACCGGCGCCAUCUGCCUCGACACCCUCGGCUCCGGCUGGUCCCCCGUCCAGACGAUCAAGACAGCCCUCCUCUCCCUCCGCAUGCUCCUCGAGUUCCCGAACCCCAAAGAUCCGCAAGACGCCGAGGUCGCCAAGAUGAUGCUCGAGAACCCCGAGGCCUUCGCGAAGAAGGCGCACGAGUGGGCCGUCCUGCACGCAGGCGCGCCCUCGAAGGACUUUGACACGACAAAGUACCGCCAGGAGGCGGCCAUAACCAAGGGCGAUGACUCCCAAAGUUACAUGGGCUACAACAAGGACCUCGUGGACCGCUUCGUAAACAUGGGCUUCGAAGUCGACGCCGUCGUCGAGGCCUUCGUCUUCGUGGGUAUCGAUCGCAACGGCGGGGAGGACUACGAGCUGGAGGAGGCGUAUAUGGGCGAUAUCACGGCUCGGCUCCUCGGCGAGCAAUGA